GCCAUGUGUAUCAAGCUUUUCCUAUAAAUACCCAUAUCCAUCGUAAGUUUGUAACAGACCAUAAGCAACAACAGCCAUGGCCAUACAUAAAUCUCUCUCCCUUGCUUUCCUCCUCUUUUUCCUACCAUUUCUUUCUUCCCAUGCAACAUCAUCAUUUGCAACAGCAGGACUGCCAGAAGCAGAGGCUCUCCUGAAAUGGAAAGCCAGCCUCUCACCAGCACAAGCUCUCCAUUCAUGGUCGCUUCCUGCUGCUAAUGCCAGCACCAACGCAAUCUCUCCAUGCAAAUGGACUGGGAUCUCAUGCAACAGCCUUGGAAGUGUAACAGAGAUAAGCUUACCAACUGCAGGCUUGCAAGGUAAGAUCGACAACUUGAGCUUCCCGUCAUUUCGAAACCUCGUUCAUCUCAAUCUCAGUGGCAACACUGUCACUGGAACCAUCCCAACACAUAUUGGCACUCUUCACAAACUCAUGUCCCUCGAUCUGUCUGCAAAUAAAAUAAGUGGAUCAAUACCUGUGGAAAUAGGGAAUCUUGUGAAUUUGAAUGAGCUAGUCUUGUCCAUUAACCAUCUAGAUGGUUCCAUCCCUUCCACUUUAGGGAACUUGUCCAUGCUUACAAUUUUGUAUUUAUUCAAAAAUCAGAUUUCAGGUUCUAUCCCUUCCACUUUAGGGAACUUGACAAAGCUGACAGUCCUCUACCUCCUUCAAAAUCAAAUUUCUGGUUCAAUUCCUCCAGAACUCGGGAAUUUAACAAGUCUCAAUAAGCUAGCACUGAACCAAAACAAUCUGAUUGGUCCGAUCCCUCCAGCUUUAGGUAAUUUGAGAAACCUUACAAUAUUGUCCCUCCCCAGCAAUCAAAUUUCUGGUUCAAUUCCACUGGAAAUAGGGAAUUUAAUGAAUCUCAAGGAGAUUGACAUGUCCUUUAACCCUCUAAUAGGUUCUAUCCCUCCUACUUUUGGAAACUUGACCAAGCUAACUUUUUUUGUCCCUUAUUUACUGUCAAUUAUCUUGUUCCUUGCCUCAAGAAAUGACAAACAUGACAAGUCUUUCUAAACUCUACUUGGGUGACAACAACUUCUCUGGAUACUUGCCUCCGUUAUGCCAUGGUGAAUCUCUUCAAAAAUUCACUGUCCCAAACAACCAUUUCACUGGUGAGAUCCCGAGGAGCUUCAGAAACUGCACCAGCUUAAAAAGAGUUCUACUCAAUGGAAACCGACUCACUGCAGAUGUAUCGAAAGCCUUUGGUGUAUACCCGCAUCUCAUAUACAUGGACGUCAGCGACAACAUGCUGUUUGGUGAACUCUCACCGAACUGGGGAGAAUGCCAAAACCUGAUGAAGUUCCAAUUCUCUAGGAACAUGAUCACCGGUAGAAUUCCUCAAGAGAUUGGGCAGUUGACACAGCUAGGUGUGCUUGGUCUUUCUUCAAACCAUCUAGUAGGAGAGAUUCCAAAGGAAUUUGGGAGGCUGACUUCUUUGUUCAACUUGACUUUAAAUGAUAACCAUCUUUCUGGUCGGUUACCGCAA